AUGAUUUAUUUACCGAAGUUUAUCAUAUAAAUGAAAGAAUGAUACCGGACAUACCAAGAAACGAAGAUCCGGUUAGUGAUCUUUCAACAAACAAUAAUAUAAACUUGAUGGCUAAUAACUUGCAAGCUACAGUUGAAUAUCCUGAAGAUAUUGGCGACGACUAUAAUGAAACAAGUACACUACUAACGUCUGAAGAAAGUAGUUUAACUGCUGGAGGCGAUGACCAAAUCGUUAUAACAAGAGAGCUGAAUAAUAAAAAAAACGAAAGAUCGAACCUAUGCACUAUAACAAAUUUUAUUAGAUUAGUUUUGUUAGUGUUAUUUAUCACGCUUGUCGUUGUUCUUUUGGCUGUUUUCAAAGUCCAAAAUCACAUCAAGGACUACCUUCAUUACAUUGAAAUACAUAAAAAUUAUGGAAUUGCUAUAUAUUUAUCUAUCUAUGUUGUCUGUGUAUGGGUGUUUUUACCAGGAUCAAUAAUAAGUGUAGCGGCAGGGUUCCUAUUCAAGCCUCCAAUACUAGCAGGACUAGUCAUUAUAAUGGGUGAUACUUUGGCAGCGGCGGGUACCUUUUUUUUUGGAAGAUAUGUCUUUUCAGAUUGGGUUAAGGGACAAAUUGAAAAGAGGCCAUCAUUUUCCGAAUUCAAUAAUGUCAUUAAUAAUGUUAUUGCUGAAGAAGGAUGGAAAAUUGUUCUCAUGCUACGACUUUCUCCACUUCCAUUUAAUUUAGUUAGUUAUAUUUUCUCAGUUAGUACAGUUGAUGCUUCUAAGGUUGAGAACUCUAAAUCAAGAUCCAAAAUUGACAUGAUCGCAUCGAUUUUGUUUCCAGAACACCGUCGAUUAUCAUCUUUCAGUGAUUGA